AUGAAAUUAAAUGUUACAAAGAAUAUCGAAACAUUUUAUUGUAUCUCCCCUAUUUCUAUUAGAACGGGUCUUGAAGCUUUUGACGGCCAGGCCACAGUGCUCAUGGGUUCAUAUCCCUGCGUCGUGAGUGACGUCAAGCCCACCGCCAUCACCUGCACCACUUCGUCGGCGCCUGCGGGAGCUGUCAAUAUGGUCGUCAGGAUCUCCGCCUAUAACAUCGACGCAGUUACGAACCUGGCGAGCUCCGUCUUCACGUACUCGGCAGCAGCAACGCCCUCUGUGACUUCCGUAUCCCAGUCCGGGUCCUCGCUCACUAUUUCCGGCUCGGCCUUCGGCACCAACUCCGCUGCAGUCUCAGUCGUGCUCACCUUUACGUCUAGUCGGCGUAGGAGAAGCAUUCCCGAAGAGAUGCCCGAAGACCCAGCCCCUGCACGCGGCAACUUCUUGGUCUCCGACGAAAGCAACGUUGAGGUCGAUCUGGAUAUGGACGUUGUUCGCGAUAGUUACAAGCCGGUCGUUCAUACCGGCCUCUUUGACGAUAUGGGAGCGGACAGCCAUUUCUGGGGCACAUUUACGAAAACAAACGCGAGAAACUUCGAGGAAUCGAAGGCCCUCGGAGCGUGGAGGAUCGGAGGUAGCAAACGCGUCGCAAAGGCAGAAGCGCCUGUCACAGAGGUGGUGCGAGAGAAACGAGAAGCAUCACAGACCACAUAUGAGUGCACGCCAACUUCAGUCACGGACACCACAAUUGUCUGCGAUAUGAGCGAUCUCCCAGCUGGCAGCUAUGCUAUUUCACUGUCAGUAGAUGGUUUCGGCGAUGCUUCCGUCGACUCUGCCGUAGGAGCCGUCACUACGGCCGCCGUUGUAUCCACAAUAUCCCCGACGGAGGGCAGCGUCAAUGGCGGCGCCCUUCUUACCAUUUCGGGCUCUAAUUUCACUCCAGGAGAUCUGAAUGUAACCGUGGACGGCCUGGAGUGCGAUAUCCAGACAGAAACCAUUGACACCAUCACGUGCCUCACCCCAGUCCACGCAGCUGGUAUUGCGUCGGUGGCAGUUACUUCUGGAGGAAUUACAACCAACUCUCCAACUGACUUCACCUACGACUCCGCUAAGACCCCUGUCCUCUCCAGUGACCCAAUAUCCCCAAUUGCUUGCUGUUAUGCAAGCCUUUACUUGUCUGGAACAAACCUGAAACUGGCCACCGAUAAUCCGGAGGUCACGGUCGGCGGAUCAGUCUGCACUGAAGUCACUGCCACCUCCACUACCGUUACUUGCAAGAGUCCAGAGCUUGCUUCAGGCACUUACGAUAUCGUUGUAAGAGAUGUUCUCUAUGGGUACUCAAACGCGAUUAGUGUCACCUACAGUUUUUCAGUCGACUCAGUGAGCCCAUAUUCAGGAGGUUUUGGAGGAGUGGAGGCGAUGCUGACUGGCACAGGUUUCGAUCCAGCCGGCGGCUCCACAGUGACCGUAUGCAAUGCCACGUGUGAUGUUACUGCUACUAAUUUUGGCUUCAUUACCUGUGUUAUUCCCCCCAGCACAGCAGUAGGAAGUGGCACAGAGUCGUGUGACGUUGUUGUGACGAAUCCCGACGCUACAAGCACGACGCUUGUUGACGGAUUCAUUUAUGACUCUUCUCUAAGCUCUUCCGUCACUUCCGUUUCCCCCACAAGAGGAGGAACAGCUGGCGGAACCGAGGUUACCAUCACGGGAACUGGUUUUGCAGCAACUGGAAACGUAGUCACGAUUGGAGGCUCUGUUUGCAACAUCGUGACUGAGAGCAGCAGCGAGAUCACUUGCAAUACUAAUUCCCACGAUGGACCAGGGAGGUUCCCUGUCAUGGUUACUGUGCCUAGAAAAAGCAUUGCUACAGUUGACGAGACUGGAGAGUUCUUCUACAUUGACCGCUGGAGUUCAGUGUUCACGUGGGGCGGAGAGCCCGUACCAUCAGAAGGUCAGCUCGUUGUCAUCGAAAACGGUCAGACUAUCCUCAUGGACGAGUCGACAGCUGUCCUCGAAAUGCUCCUGAUUAAGGGAGGUCACGUGGUAUUCGAUCAGGAAGCGACAUCAGAAAUCAUCCUGCGAGCCAAGUACAUCCUGGUCGUCGAGGGCGGAUCGCUGAGCAUCGGGUCCGAGGAAGAGCCAUUCAUGGGCGAUGCUGUUAUCGAACUCUAUGGCGACACAAAGACUAUCGAGUUACCCAAUUACGGAGCAAAGGUACUGGCUGUGCGUGAAGGUACCUUAGACCUCCAUGGAGCUCCCAUUGACGUAACAUGGACACACCUGGCUACCACGGCAGCUCAGGGCAGCUCUACAAUAACCCUCAAGCAGCCUGUUAGCUGGAAGGCAGGAGACGAUAUUGUCAUUGCUACAACUGAACACAGGUUCAUGGUCAACGAGAACGAGGAGCGCACCAUCGCCUCCGUGUCAGCCGACGGACUCACCCUCACCCUCACAGAGCCCCUCGAGUUCGAGCACAUCUCCAUCGAGCAGACCUUCGGCAGCCACACAGUAGAGACCCGCGCUGAGGUCGGCCUCCUCACACGUAACAUCAAGAUUAGAGGCAGCGUUAACUCGGACUUCGUUGAAGAGAUUGAGGCUUGCGAUGAGGACUGGCAUCCAGGUCAGUUCCAGGUCCAGUCUUGCUUUAACGGAAGGUUUGGCGAAGAGAUCGGAGGCGCCCAGUUCGGUGCGACGGUCAUGCUGUUCGGCAAGGAAGCAAACAAAGACCUCGUGCAGGGCCGCGUCGAAUACGUCGAGGUCACGGAGGCUGGACAGGCCUUCCAGCUGGGUCGCUAUCCCCUUCACUUCCACUUGGUCGGCAACGUCAACACCUCUUACAUCCGUGGUUGCGCCGUACAUCGUACGUACAACCGUGCAGUGACCAUCCACGCUGCCGAUUACCUCACUGUGGAGAAGAACGUCGUCUACAAUACCAUGGGCCAUGCUAUCUUCACUGAGGAUGGUGUGGAACAGUUCAAUGUGAUCCAGUACAACCUUGCUGUUUACACAAGAAGUUCGUCGUCGUUGCUGAAUGUUGAUGUAACUCCAUCCUCCUAUUGGAUCGUACACCCUAACAACAUCGUGCGGCACAACGCAGCCGCGGGAGGAACUCACUUCGGCUACUGGUACCGGCUGGAGCGCCACCCGUCAGGUCCCUCCGCGACCAACUCCAUCUGCCAGAACAAUGCGCCCAUUGGAGAGUUCACCAAUAACACGGCGCACUCUAUGGGCUGGUAUGGUCUGUGGGUAUUUUCCAUGGUUGGCUACUUCCCGAAAGACAAUGUAUGCUCGGGGAAUAGUAUGGUUGCCAAAUGGGAUGGGUUUACCACAUGGAGGAAUGAGCGCGGGGCGGAGAUCGUGUUUGGUGGACAACUGCAGUUCCACAACUUUGUGGCUCUGGAUAAUGAAUUUUCUGGCAUCGAAAUGGUAAAGAUGGAGGGCGGAUUCGGAAUGGACAACGGACCUGGAGUCUUUAACUCGGUGAUCGUCGGUCACUCGGCGCUCACUCCCGAAGGCUGCGGAGACGAAACUAGUGGAAUCAUAACACCGAAGAAGGCCGUCUUCAGCAUCGCCGACACCGAGUUUUACAACUUCGAUACCAACAAGUGCACAGCGCUGUCAGGGUGCUCUCAGUGCAAAGUCUUCCAGGGAGGUUAUCAAGUACAGGUCAAAGGCCUCACCUUUGUAAACUCACCUAACAAGCUGAAGUUCAAGUGGGAACACGAAACAGUGUGGAUCGAUGCAGAUGGAUCGCUGUCUGGCGAUGCUGAAAAUAAAGUUGUACCGGACUCGGACAUUCUGCCACCUGAAUGCACAAAGAGUGUCUCAGCUUUCUCUCUGAAUCCAGAGGCCCCCGGAGCCGUCUGCACCUCCUCUGUCGAGUUCGUCAGACUCAGCGUAAAGGGAACCAACGUGAAGCCGCAGUCCUUCCGAGGCGGCGAUUUGAUCCUCUCGAACAGCUACGGCAACACUACCAUCCCAUAUCGCAUAAAGAGGUUGGACGGUGGCGAGGGAUGGAUGGGUAUAGUGUCGACGGGAGGAACCUAUGACUGGAUGUUCGAAGAUGGAGAAACUCAAACGGAUAUCGAAUACGACGCUCAGAGUAAGAAUAUGCUGAGUGGACAGUAUUAUUACGUACAACACCGAUUCAUGCAAACUCCAGAUUACUUCAGCACAACAGGUGUGGAGAGAAACAGCUCUGACACCCUUCCAGACCCGGUUACAGGUUAUCACGGGGAAUACUACUGGGACGAAUCCUCAAAGAAGAUGACUUAUAUGGUUUCGUAUAAUAAAGAAUCUAGGAAGAAACGAACCGUCUUUGAUGAGCGAAAUACAGGUCGGACACGAAACAUUGACUUUAAGACAUACAGGUGCGAAUACGCGGGCUGUGUUGCUCCCACGCCUCCGCCCGUGCCCACUGGCCGACCGGAUGUUACUUUCCUGUGGUCCGACGUUGAGACCUGGAAGGAGGUUCCUGUAGGAUCAGGAGGGCAUCCGACGGAGGAAGAAUAUGGCCUACCAGUGGAAGGCGAUGAGAUUAUCAUUCCUCCAGGAAUGUGGAUCAUCGUGGAUACAGAUACACCAAGCCUCGGCCGUGUUUAUGUUUACGGCGGUUUGGAGUUUGAAGACUCUAGAGAUCAUGUGUUCAGUGCUACCAUCAUUUUCCUGCAGGGUGGAACUCUGGUAGCCGGAUUUACCGAAGACGCCCCCUUCACGCAUGAGCUCGACAUCGUCCUCAGAGGCACCACAGACCCUAAUGAUCCCGACAAUGUUGACAUGCCCAUGCCCGACGGCACACCCGACGUUGGAUGGAAGGCUAUGGGUGUAUUUGGGCAACUGAUUCUCAACGGGCAAUGUCCUUCCACCACUUGGGUCAAACUUGGAGCCACUGCUGCCGUCGGGGAGACUGUAAUCACGCUUGCUGAAGCCGCCGACUUGUCAUGGCUCAAUAAAGAGGUAAUAAUCACUACUACCGGCAAGGAGGCUACCGAAACCGAAGUGCGGAUGGUCACAGCUGUAUCUGGCAACACUCUCACCCUUGAUGCUGCUCUCAUCUAUGAACAUUUAGGCGAGACUCACACACUUUCUGAUGGCACUCAGUACGUAAUGGCUGGUGAAGUUGGCCUUCUCACUCACAACAUCGCCAUCGAAGGCAGCGACUAUGUAGGUCUGAAUGCAGAAGGUUUCGGAGGUCGCGUCCUCGUUUCCUCGUUGACUGCAGAAGGAGUGGAUUAUCAAGGAAGUGCUCAGCUUUCCUGCGUAGAAUUUAAGAACAUGGGUCAGAAGGACUUCUCAGAAUCCACCGAUCCAAGGUUCUCCUUAGCUUUCCAUAGUCUGGGGACUGACGAUGGUUCCAACUACGUGCAGAAGUGUAGCUUCAACAAGAACUUCAACAGUGCUAUUGGGUUCUUCCGUUCAAACAACUUCGUCGUUGAAAAUAACGUCGUUUACUAUACCGUUGGCUCUAGCAUCGUCGACGAGGGUGAGGACAACACCUUCCGCUACAACUUGGUAUCUCUUUUGUUCUUCCCUGGCACAUACAACGGCGAAUCAGAAUCUCAGUACCAGCCAUGGGAAGGCGGAUUCCAUCUCAAUAAAGCCUCUAGAACUGUACUACAGGGCAAUGUUGUUGCUGGAUCUGAGCUUGCUGGCUACCGUACCUAUGGAGAGCUUUGUGAAGAGUCCACUAACUGGGUCGACAAUGAAGUUCAUGGUGCAACAUAUGGUGUUAUGUUAUGGAAAAAAGGAAACCCAGAACCUAUGGAUUGCAGAAGGAUCAAUAACUUUUACGCAUGGAGAAUCACCGAUACAGCCUUCUACAUGCAAAGUUAUGCAAGCCUCCACCUAACAAACGUGGUUAGUGCUGACAACCCUAUUGGAACAAACCAGAUCAUUUACGCUCCACCUGCAUUGAGCCACAUGGUCUCAACGAAAACAGCAACUACAGAUAACUCCUUGUUCAUCGGAGCAUCGCCGUCUUAUGACUGUAUUUACCACGACUCUCAAUCCAAUGCUCAGAGCUUCUUUAAUACUCUGUGGACAAAAGGCAUUGAUGGGGGAAAUGCCGGAGUGAUGCUGGCAGCCUUUGUCUCAGGACUCAACAUGGCUCCCAAACAUGCAUUCCACGAGGCAUCCAGUUACCCAGCCAUCAACGGAGCCACAUACAUCAGUAACGUCAAGUUCGCUAACUAUGCCACUCGCUCUUGUGGCAAGGAUGUUGCCAUGAUAUCCAACAAAGAUGCAGAUGAUGCUAUCCACCCGGUCUUUGUUAGUGGCCUGACCUUCCUCGACACUUUGGAAAAUAACAAGCUCUUCCUAUUCGAACCCAACCUUGGAAGAGUGAACCCCUCAGACUGUGUGGACAUGGACUGCGAUGGCCACAAAAAGGUUAUAAUUACUGACAAUGACGGCACUUUCCUUGGUGCUGCGGGAGCCACCGCCACCUCGCAAGCCGAGUUCGAGUGGGAUGGAGAUCGAAGUCGCGGAGUCGGGGAUUACAGGAUUCCAGUCUCUCUUCGUCAAAAUUCCAAUGGCAGUAUCAUUACAGCGGCAGACAAGUUCCCAGAGAAAGGAAUCAUUCGUGAUGACUCUUGCACUCUCAUGGCGGAGUGGCGAGCAUGGAAGUGCACGAAUCUUAGGCACCGCAUGAUGGUCGUUGAAAGCAUGGAUACAGACACAGAAAUUCGUCGCUUGUCUCCCAUUGGUCUCAUUGCAAACCCAGGCGUGAAUGGUUAUGUGGACCUGCUGAAUGGGCCGAUGGAUCGCGGAUGGUGCUUCGGCUAUACCUGUCAGGAGAGAAUUUCCACUUUCUAUGCUGUUGUGGCUACAGGGCAUACUUACGAAAUGGCUAUGACUAGUACUCCACCUCAGGUCAUCCGAUUCCACUUGCUCCACACGGAUCCCAGCGAGGCCGUUCUUCUUCGCAUGUACUUCCCGAAGACGCAAAGAUUCGACAUAUCUGUUGACGGCGUGUAUGUCCCUCCAACCAACAUUGACGAUUCUCAAUAUCCAGCAAAUUACCAACUUCUUCCCGAAAGCGAUUCGUUCUUCCCUUCCAUCACUGAUCCUGUAGGAACCAAUUACCUGCAAAGAGAAGAAAAGCUCCUUCAUGUCGUCCUACGAGGCGGGUCUGUGAUAGAUAUUACAACGACCCCUACAAUAAUCCUCUCCAUGGGCAUUGCGGUCGAUCCCGACAAUUUCUUCGAAGAGAACCUUGUGCAGAAUUUGGCUCUCUUGCUAAAUAUCGCACCGGAAAAUAUCAGAGUCACUAACAUCAUCAGCGAGAGUUCCGGAAGGAGGAGGAGGAGGGGAGCUUCGGAGGUCGUUCAAGCAGAGUUUGAGAUCGCAAGUCCGCCGACCGACGCGUCCAACAGCACGAGCACCAUCAGUGGAACUGAGGCAGAAAUUCUGACCCAUGCAGAUUUGGAGGAGAUCAUGGUAGAAGUUGUGAACACUUUCCAGUCCGGUGUGUGUGAGGUUUGCAACUUCACCAUAAAUACACUGCUGGUCACCCCACCGUUAGAUGAGCCCGAGGUGCCAACCGGCUAUGCAACGCCAGAAUUCGGUCAGCAAAUCACAGAAAACGGAACUCUGUACAGCAACUUGCAACAGCAGGAAGACCUGUUGGCACUGAACCAGAGCAUUGAGGGCACCGCCUACGAACAGCCUAGUGCCUCUUCUAUAGAGCAAGCAGUUCCGAUCACAGUUAAAGCACUUACUCCGUUUGCUGACCAACCCGUUGUCGUCGUCCUUUCAGAUGAAGGCAAUCCCAUGACUGAGCUGGGCCGAGAGAGCGACCCCUGGAUGAUGACGGCCUUCCUCUCCGGCGGGGACUCGAGGGCAACCCUCUUGGGCAACACAACAGUACCCUACGAGGAUGGGGCCGCGACCUUCAAGAACCUCGGCGUCAGCCUCCCGGGCCAGGGUUACAACCUAUCCUUCAUGGUUACGAGUCCGGACUCGGCGCCAGAGCUUUCUGUAUCCCUUGAUCAGUCCUUUGUGGUUGAACCAAAGACAAUUAAUAUGAUGAUUGAGGCUCCAGAAUAUAUCGUACUCAACCAAGAUUUCAGUCUUAACAUUGUCCUUAUUGACGCUGAUACUGGGGAUAUUAUGGACAAUUCAAUGCUUAUAGGUCAAAGUAUUAAUGGUGAAGUGAUGGCGAGGAAAAAGUCAAACCUGAGCGGCAAUACAACGUUCACUUUCCAAGAUGAGGACUUGGUCAGUUUCUCGAUUGACGGUCUUCGAGUGGGCACAGCGCUCAAGAAUUUCCGUCUUUCCGUCAGGAGCCAGAUUACACCAGCUGGCAUUACCGUUGUUGGUUUAACAGAUAUCAUACCGGUCUUAGAUUUCGAAAUGCCCGAGGACGCCACGACAACAGCAAUUAUGAUGGGCGUCAAAGGCAUCAGGAGUAAGGGAGUGAAGAAUGAUAAAACCACGUUCGAAAAUAAGGUCAUGGCUGAGAUCUCGACCAUAGGAGACGUGUACUGGCAUAACCCUGAACUGAAAACCGGCAGGAAGCUGAUUUUCUCUGUGGAUUCGCCUAGAGGAAGUUUGACAAUGACAAGAAGAACAAUUGUGAAAAAUACUAAUACUAAUAUUUUAUUUUCAGCACGUGGUUCCUUUUUGUUUUUUUUAUGGUAUAAGUGAUUUGAUAUCAAAAUCUACAAAUCGUAUUAUAAACUUAUCUUCUAUCAUUUAAAAACUGAUUUAUCUAUUAGAAGUUGCUGAAAUAAUCUGUGUUAAUGCAAUAAACAAAGCCAUCAA